UCACUCACUCUCCAGUCACAUUCCAUUCUCUGCACACGGCACGCAGAUUAUUUAUCACCUGAGUUCGAUUUGGCGCAGUGGCAUGGCCGAAACGGUUGCAUCAUAAUUUUUGUUUUGUCUACGGACAGAAAAUUUACAGCUGCCAAUUUCGUGAAUUUAUCCAAAGUAUGAUCGAUAUUUAAUUAGGUGCGACUUUUUGGCAUAAGGUCCUAACCUAGGGUUGAAUAAUAAGUACUCUCGAGAUCCAUGGCGCUGGAUUGGAAGCUGCUAUUGGUGAUUACGAGCAUGGCCCUCGUCAUGCGAUGUCCCUCCGGGACCCGUGGCUGUCCUCGACCACCGUCGUCCCGACCCUGGUUACUGGAGCCUUAUAAUAGCCGCGCCGGGCACUGUUCAUGGAUGUAUUAUGCGCCGACGCCGCAGUACAGGAAUCAUUACCAAAUCACGUUGUGGAGAAAGAGCCCUCAUUACCACGAGCAACUGCUGUGCUUGAUUAACGCCCUGACUGACGACCGCCUGCCACUGUCCAAAAAAGUUGAUUUCAUAACGGAAGGCAAUCCUGUUCGAUUAUCCUGUCAUCCACUGGAAAAUGUCCACCGGAACAUUCACAUCAUGCCCGACCAUUUUACCGGCUUUUAUGACCAUGGCACCGGUCUCUACUUCUGGACCAAGGACUCGCGGCAUUUCUGCGAAAAAUGGGAGCGGACUCAUAAAGAUUAUAAGUGCCACGGGGCCGUUGAUCGUAACGCGCCGGAUGGCGAACUAUGGAUCAAGUCUUUCACAGCGGCGGACGAGGGCGACUACGCCUGCGCGUUUAUCGAGAAGUGCGAGAUUGAGGGCUGGUGGUGUUCGCUUCGUGUGGGGCUGGCUUACCGCCUCCGUGUGGCGCCCAAAAAAACUGCAGUGCCGGCGCGUACCACCCCUGGUGCAACAAAGUCCUAUCCACCGACAACUCAGAAACAAAUUCAGCCGGUAUCAUCGGCUAGCUUCAUCACACCGCCGACCGCUUUACUGCCCACACAGUGGUUUAGCACAGAUACCACAAAGGGAGAACAAGCUUCCAGCGCCACUCAAACGACAGCGGGUUUGAUGGGAAAUACGACAUCAAGUGACACCACAGCGUUCUGGACAACAGCGAUAUCAGACGUCUCAGCAGCGGAAAUAAUCGAUAGCAAAGAUCUGUAUUCAAGCCUUGGAGAAACACCUACAGUAUUUCAGCUUCCUGCGAGCAGGAAUGCAAUCGUAACCGCUUCCAUCGCUAGUGCCACAUCCCCAUCUCCCAGUACCGCGCAGUUGGUGGGAAACGUGACAUCGACUGUCUACAUGGCGACAGCGACCGGGCCAGCGACGUCGCGAGACACCUCGUCGGCUCCAAUAAGCAUCGUUUCUGCUGACGACGAAUCCCGAAACUCGAGCGCGGACGGCAUAUUUCACCCGCUCGAUGAAAAUAACUCGUCGAUCAGCGAAACGGUCUCAGUAGGCACUCCGCUGUCCACCGUAGCCAGCUCGACCGUCACUGAAGAAGAAAAUGUGUCCACAGAAACCGUAAACGAUACGGAGGAGGUCACCGAAUUCGACUGGGUUCCGUCGGAUCAGCGCCGUCACACCAUGUACCCGUCCGAGUGUCCGGCCUGCACCGGGAACUGUCCUUGUCCGCCAUCGAAGCGCAAGCGCAAGCAUUUAUGAAAUUUUGGUUCGGUCGAUUUCUCAUGGCACUGCCACUGUGCUAUAGUCAGGUUAAGAAAAAUUAGCGCUAAGUUAUGUUCUCCAUUUGCUAUGUCAGAAACUGUUAUACCAAUAAGCGUUGUUUUGGGGAAAAUAUCGGAGCGGCUGUUUUUCUACUGCGUGAUGCAUGGAUAAGUUUCAGUAAUUCGAUAAACUGGUGAUUCUUAGCGGUCGGCAACCAGAAACCAGA